AUGACUUUACCCAGCAACCACUCCACUUCCCCAGUCUCUGAGUUCUUCCUCAUUUGUUUCCCCAAUUUCCAGAGCUGGCAGCACUGGCUGUCCCUGCCCCUCAGCCUCCUCUUCCUCCUGGCCAUGGUGGCCAACGCCACUCUCCUGAUCACCAUCUAUUUGGAGGCCUCUCUGCAGCAGCCCUUGUACUACCUGCUCAGCCUCCUCUCUCUGCUGGACAUUGUGCUCUGUCUCACUGUUAUCCCUAAGGUCCUGGCCAUCUUCUGGUUCAACUUCAGGUCGAUCAGCUUCCCUGCCUGCUUCCUCCAGAUGUUCAUCAUGAACAGUUUUCUGACCAUGGAGUCCUGCACGUUCAUGGUCAUGGCCUAUGACCGCUAUGUGGCCAUCUGUAAGCCCCUACAGUACUCAUCUAUCAUCACUGAUCAAUUUGUGGCUAGGGCUGCCAUCUUUGUUGUGGCCAGGAAUGGCCUUCUUACUAUGCCUAUCCCCAUACUUUCUUCUCAACUCCGAUACUGUGCAGGACACAUUAUCAAGAACUGCAUCUGUACUAAUGUGUCUGUUUCCAAACUCUCUUGUGAUGACACCACCUUGAAUCAGUGCUACCAGUUUGUUAUAGGUUGGACUCUUCUGGGCUCUGACCUCAUCCUCAUUGUUCUCUCUUAUUUUUUUAUCUUGAAAACUGUGCUAAGGAUUAAGGCUAAGGGAGCUAUGGCCAAAACUCUAGGUACUUGUGGUUCCCACUUCAUUCUUAUCCUUUUCUUCACCACAGUCCUGCUGGUUCUGGUCAUCACUAACCUGGCCAGGAAGAGAAUUCCUCCUGAUGUCCCCAUCCUGCUCAACAUCCUGCACCACCUCAUUCCCCCAGCUCUGAACCCCAUUGUUUAUGGUGUGAGAACCAAGGAGAUCAAGCAGGGAAUCCAGAACCUGCUGAGGAGGUUGUAAGAAAUAAAAUGAAUGAGACCUGAUCUUGAAAACAGAAAUAGAUAAUGGGAAAUAAUUAUUAUGCUGCAUAGAAAAUUUGAAUUGUUACUGUAAGAAUAAGUUUAGAUUUGGCUUUCCUCAGUGUUUCAAUUGAUUAUACAGAUAUCCACUUCUUGGCUCCAGCUUCUUGUACUGACUGGAAUCUUAGUGUUUUGACAUUCUAGAAUUAUUUGGAAGCUUUUCCUG